CGAGGAUUCUGGGAGCUCCCUGGGCUGGAGCUGGGCUUAGGUGCUCCCUGGAGGCUUGGAAAGACAACAGCUCUCUUCAUCAUGGUGAGUGCGAGGAAAUACAGUCGCCCAUGCAGAAACACACGCAGGGCCUGAGGCACAGCAAGGAGGAGUUGAACAGGCUUAACGAGGCCAUCCAGCGGCUGACAGCGGAGGUGAGCAGCGCUGAGAGUCAGCCCUGUGAACUAGACCGAGCCAGAGAGCCGCCAGCUCUGCAGGAGGAGAUUGCCUCAGACAGCGCCCAGGGCAAGCUGGCCUGGCUGGAGGCCGCCCUGCAGCGAGCCAAGCAGGACAUGGCGCGGCAGCUGCGGGAGUACCAGGAGCUCAUGAUUGUCAAGCUGGGCCUGGACUUUGAGAUCGCCACCUAUCGCAAGCUGCUGGGCGGUGAAGAGAGCAGGCUUGGCCUGGGAUUUGGAGCAGGGAGCUUCACCCUGGGCAGCUCUCCCACCUGCGGGCUGGGCUCAGCCUCGGGCCCCACCGGCCAGCUGCCUCCCGCAGGGGGCUCCGGCGCCCUGGACACGAGCGCCCCUGGCGGCGGCUGUGCGCUCUGCGGCUCCCCCAGAUGCGUCGGGGGCUUUGGCUGCGGUGGUGCCUGCGGAUAUUGAACCUUCCUGCCCCGCUGUGGAGAAGUCAAAGAACCCUAGCUUCUGCCCCAAGGACUUGACCCUGUGUCUCAGAUGCCUUCUCCCAUGGAGCUAGCCUUCACCUCAUCUUUCCUUCUUGCCUGCCCCCCACCCCGAAGCGUAAAGUCUUGGGAUCUAGUUUCCUGGAUGGUGGCUGCCCGAAUUCCAAGGUGAAGAUAGCCAGGAUGCCGGGCCACUGGGGAGGCGCGUGGCUUACCUGGACCCAGCACGCUGCCCCUCUGACCUGCCUCCCACUCUCCACUCUUAUUUUCCUGGGACUCCUCACUUGCAAUAAAAGUUCUUCCGUGGACUGA